CUUCGCGCUGUCAUCCAACAACGGAUCGUCACAAGACCCCUAAAAACCGUAUUCAUUAGGCUUUCGAAACGCUCAACAACACCCACAGUUACGUAUAUCGACGGCAUCUCACGACUCCCUAUUACUGUAGCACAUAGUUUGGCUGCAGCUCUUUCGACAAGCACUCCUUCGACCGCGGCUGAUAAGCCCGCCUUUCUGCGCCGACUCGAGCCGCGCAGAGCACAACGAGACCGACAAGGUACCUGAUGGCGACAACGGUCGACGCCUAGUCAAUUUUAAGACACCGUUCUUUAUCAAGAUACCAAGUUCAGAUCAACAUAGAUUGACUGCAUUUCGAGUCUGGGCAAUCCGUCAAGCCCAAUGACGGGGUACUCAACGGUGGCGUCUGAUAGUGCAUCAGGAGGUGCUAUCGGCGGAACCAUGGCGCUUCCACGUCGGGCUCGCAACCCGAAGCUGGGUGGCGGGCACGCUUCGAUGAUGAGCAGCAACAUCAACCUGUUGAAUACCAUCAUCGGUGCAGGAACGCUUGCCAUGCCUUCGGCCAUGUCCCAUUUCGGUAUCAUGCUCGGAGUCCUCCUGAUUCUGUGGUGCGGACUCACCUCGGCUUUCGGAUUGUACCUCCAAGCACGCUGCGCUCGAUAUCUCGAUAGGGGGACAUCUUCUUUCUUUGCGCUCUCGCAGAUCACGUACCCGAACGCCGCCGUAGUGUUUGAUGCAGCUAUUGCUAUCAAAUGCUUCGGAGUUGGCGUGUCAUACAUGAUCAUCAUUGGCGACCUCAUGCCCGGCAUUGCACAAGCAUUUGGUAGCGAACACACCGGUUGGUCGUUUCUGGACAACCGUAAAUUCUGGAUCACGGUGUUUUUCUUGCUCUUUAUCAUACCGCUCAGUUUUCCCAAGCGGUUGGAUUCUCUGAAGUACACCAGCAUCGUUGCCCUGCUGGCAAUUGGAUAUCUGGUCAUCCUGGUUGUAUACCACUUCGCGGCCGACGAAAUUCCGAAUAAGGGGGACAGACGGGUCAUUACCUGGGAAGGGCCGGUUGCGGCAUUGAGUAGCCUGCCCGUCGUGAUCUUUGCCUACACAUGCCACCAAAAUAUGUUUUCGAUCCUGAACGAGAUCAAAGACAACUCGCCCAGUAGCAUCGUCGCUGUUAUCGGAGCUAGCAUCGGUACCGCCGCAUCCGUCUACAUCUUGGUGGCUAUUACCGGCUAUCUCACUUUUGGAAACGACAUCCAGGGCAACAUCGUUAGCAUGUACCCUGCAUCGAUCGCAUCCACCAUCGCCAAGGCCGCCAUCGUAGCCCUGGUAACAUUUAGCAUCCCGCUGCAGGUCCACCCCUGCCGCGCCUCCGUUGAUGCCGUGCUACGGUGGCGUCCAAACAGCGCUCGGUCGCCCCCGCCGCAACCCGGCAGCCAGCCCCUGCUGCCUUCAAGCAAUGCAGCCACCGCCCCCGUCGACAGCCACGGCGCGCCCGUGGUGGCCAUGUCCGAACUUCGCUUCGCCCUCAUCACCAGCGCCCUCCUCAUACUAAGCUACAUCACGGCCUUGAACGUCUCAAGCCUUGACCGUGUGCUGGCAUACGUCGGCAGUUCCGGGUCGACCGCCAUCUCGUUUAUUCUCCCCGGCCUGUUUUACUACAAGAUCAGUGACCCAGACAGCAUCUACCAUCAGCGUCUUUCUAAGGAAGACGACGAUGUCGAUUUUGACGAGGACGGGGAUGAAGAUGAGAACGAGGAUGAAGGCGGCCUGGCAGGAUCGGCAAUGUUGGCCAGCGUGUCCAGUAUCCGCUCCCAAGCCAGCGGAGUAUCGCGCGCCGCCUCCUCCCGCUGGGGGCGAUGGCGAUGGCGACGCAAGUGGCGGUGGGAUCUGGAGCACCUUGAGACGGGCUUACUAAGAAAACUGGCGCUUUGUUUGUCGGUCUAUGGGGUGUGUGUUAUGAUUGUGUGUCUGACGAUGAAUACCUUCUUUUUGACGGCGCAUCACUGAGUUGUGAUGUGGGGUUCCGUGGCAGACCGCCGGUACGGUAUAGUUCGGACAGUUGAGUUCGGGACUAUUGCACACGAGUGGAGACAUUGUUUAGUUUGUGCAUAUUGUCUGGAGUAUCUGUAGAGUUUGGGAAGCAUGAGCGAGGGGUUGAGAGGGUAUUUGAACUUCUUUUUGGGCGUUUGGGUGGACAUAUACGGAGUACAAGAGACCAGAGAAGGCAUGGUCCCAGCUACAGAAGUUUGGAUGGAGGAUUGGAGGUUGUAUGUACGGGGUUCUCGCAAAAGCAUAUACACUCUCCAGUUCCGCACAGUACAUCAUCUGUGCGAUACAUUGUCCAUAUCAUGUAUGAUGCCAGUUAUUAGCAGCCAUGUGUCGUAGAUUUUUGUUAUAUAGAUUAGCGC